GCCGCUGCUGCAGUAAAGUUUGGCACCGCGGCCCAGUCUCGUGAGAUCCGCCGUAUACGACUCAGCUGGUGGCUUCAACCAACUUUCAUCUGGGAUACUUGUACACGUAGAAAGAACUACUAGCCAGCAUGGUGGGCCGAAACAAGGAGCUGGAACAGGAGGUGCUGGACUGGAUCGCCGCGGUGCUGGAGGAACCCUUGCCGCCAGGUGCCUUCGAAGACGUUCUCAAGGACGGAGUUAUUCUCUGCAGACUUAUGAACAAACUCGAGCCAGGCUCCGUGAAUAAAAUACAGACCUCGGGCGGCUCAUUCAAACUCAUGGAGAACAUCGAGAGAUUCCAAAAGGCAGCCAAGAAAUACGGCGUCCCUCACGAAGAAAUUUUCCAGACCGCGGACCUGUUCGAGCGACGCAACAUCCCGCAAGUGGUCAUCUCUCUCUACUCCUUGGGCAGAAUCACGCAGAAGCAUCCAGAGUACAAGGGCCCAUCCCUGGGGCCCAAGAUGGCGGAGGCCGAUAAGAAGGUCUGGGACGAGGACCAGCAGAGGGCCCUGAGAGAGGGACAAAUCGGCCUUCAGAUGGGCCAGAACAAGGGCGCGACCCAAGCGGGUCAGGGGGCCUUUGGCAACAGCCGGCACAUGUAACUAAUAUUAUGUACAUCAUCGGCAAGUCUAAUGAAUUCAACCAAAAAUACGACUAUAUGCUUCAAGAAAGGUCAAUUUGAAACCAUUUAUUGAUCAAAGGUCUCAUUUUUAUCGUACUGUUAUGUCACAAAGAACCAAAAUAUGCGAGCUCAUUAGUUCGUCUCAGAGUGAUCGCAUGGAAUUCAUAAUGGGUGUUGAUGUUACGUGAACGUCUGUAAACGAGAAAGCUCGUUGAAGGCUAUAUCUGUUGGGUGCUAAAGUCGAAAGUAGAGUUCUAAUAUUAAAGCACUAAUUUCCAAUUUCAUCAUUCUUGUUUGGCUAUGUAAAACGCAAUUCAGAAAUAACUUUUUUAUUUUCAUCAGCAGAAAUUGUUUAAGUGAUGCCAAAUAAAUUAACGCGCUACAUGCAGUGUUACGAUCGAUUCACUACAAUCUUUACUCUCACUAUCCAAUUAGUCUAUAAUCUCCCAUAAUCAGGAAAGUUUGUUUUAAAAUAAGGUAGAAUAUAUGGUUUAGGUUUCUAGAUUUUGUUCCGAACCUUUGAAUCUUCCUAAGUUAACUUUAUUUUAUAGUGUCUCAUAUUCGUGGAUGUUUUUCGCCUCAAAGUUAUAUUUUUAUUUACUUCUUUGUCCUCGUAGCUCAACCGUCUACAGUAAUCUCCAUUAAUGUUCAGUCUAUGAGAUUGAUUUCAUAGUGUACAGAAAUCAUUGUAUUAAUAAAUUCGAUCCAAUAAAAUCUGAUAUUAGGCUUC